GCAACACGAAUUUGUGAGGAUAUACUUCAAGUCAGUCAGUUACGCUUACCAUAUGUUAGAAUCCCCUCUUCGCUGUCUCCGUGGACCUUUAGCCGAGUUCAUGAAUAAUGAAUGUUCUGUAAGCAAUCGUGCCUGUUUUUAAUUGCACAACUGUCUGGAGUUUAUCCGACCUGUGAAUAAAUAGUGUGGUCUAUGGACCCCACCUCCUUAUUAUUAAGAAGAAAAUUUAAAACUAGGGGACUGAUUUGUAAGAGCCUAUAUAGAUUGGGUGGUGAUAUGUAGUUACCCGAAUGUAAAGUAAUAAAAGAGGACGAAAGAGAGAAUGACGAAAACUGUCCGGAAGGCUUUGCUGCGGGCUAAAGGGCAUCUCCAGAGUUAAAUCGUUAAUAUAGCAUUUUAAAUAAUGUAAUUUUGUUUUUUUUAUUAUUUAAUAAAAAAUAACAUUCUAAUAAGUUAUUUUGUAUUUUAUAUUAAAUAGGGAAAGAAAAAGGUAAUAGAAAAACAGGAUGGUUUUCCUAAAAAAACGCAACGGUGAGUCUUCAUUUUAAUAAAAAGGAAUUUAGCAUACAUAUGGAUAUGGCUGUCAUAUUUCAUUCUUAAGUCUUAACAGUUAUUUUUUUUUGUCUGUACAUCCCGUUGAAGAUGCUUCUAAGCAGGGAGAUGGGAGCAGGGAGCCUGAAGCCGCCGCGUCUCAUCCUUCACAAUUUCCUCACCAGCGAAGAAUGCAAGGAAUUGGAAUUCAUACACAAAAGCAGCAGCACUGUUGGGUACAGGCCCAACGUGUUCUCCACCACUCUUUCCCAUCUCAUAGCCACCAAUUCUGCUCCCUUUCUCAUCCCUUUUGUUCCCAUCCGAGAGAGGCUGAAAGAAAAGGUUGAACACUUUUUUGGCUGCGAGUAUGAGCUCUGCGUCGAAUUCACUGGCUUAAUUAGCUGGUGUAGAGGAGCUAGCAUUGGAUGGCACAGUGAUGAUAACAGGCCCUAUCUCAAGCAACGGCACUUUACGGCAGUGUGUUAUUUGAAUAGCUACGGGAAGGAUUUCAAAGGCGGACUUUUUCACUUCCAGGAUGGGGAACCAGCUACUCUUGUUCCCAUGGCCGGAGAUGUUUCCAUAUAUACAGCUGACAGUUGCAAUAUUCAUGCUGUCGAUGAGAUAAUUGAAGGAGAGAGACUUACGCUUACACUGUGGUUUAGCCGUGAUAGUGCCCAUGAUGAGGAUGCAAAACUCAUUUCCAUUCUAUCAAAAAACAUGCCUGAAUUGAAGCUACCUAUGCUGGCAUCCAGCAAUAUGUACUGGUUUUCUCUGGAUCCAGCAUCCCACCAACAGUUAGGAUUUGAUAUAUGCUUGGCAAGAAUGCAUGUGCUUGGGUUUGAUAUUUGUUCUUGUCAAGCAGAAGGCUUGUUUUCAGAUUCCACAGAACUACUAAUGGAGCCACUGCAGUUAGUAAGGGGAAAUGAGUUGUUUAAGCAGGAGUUUGUCAACAUUUUGCAUGCACUUCAGGCGGUACAAUUUCACCAUUGGAAAGCUUCAGACCUGCCAGAUGCUCAAUCUGAAGUAGAACCUGGGGAUGUGGUACGAUUAUCAAAAUCACAGCAGGAAGUGGUUAGAAGCCUCAAAUCGCAGUUCUUAAGGGAUCAUCAAGUGGUUGAAAUGAUAUUCAGUUGCGCCACUUGCAGCGGGAAUCAGCAAAACUUUGACUGGGAAAGAUUUUCAGCUGCAAUUGCUGGCUUGGAAGACUACACCUGUAAAUUACAUAAAGAAUUACUAAUGAGCUUACCAUACUGGAGAACUCACGGAAUUAUAUCCGAAUAUUCUUAUAGUCUUUAACGGGUUCUAGCAUUUUCAUGUUAGCUAUGCUACAUUGUUUUGUUUUAUUCUAUCUACAGCAACUUUAAUCUUC